UAACUCAUUCCUCCCUUUCUCCCCUAUACACGAACUGAGCUCGACUUCCCUUCUCUCACUCCAGUCAUUCUUUUCCCUUCGAUGCGGCGCUCAUUUCUGCGAUAACAAUGGAUGGAGACCCGGCUGUGGAGCCUGAGCUUGACUCCUUCAGUUUGACGCUGCCUUUACCUUAUAGAGUUGCUUUGGUUGUAGUGUUAGGCGUGUGGGCUUGGGGCGCAAAUCUGCAUUUUCUAUCACUGCUUAAAAUUGACGUGCCCGCUCUCCUACACUACCCACCACGCACUUCUCCUCGAACAGAUCCUCCACAUCAUCUGUCGACUUAUCGACUCGCCUCACUCCUCACAAUCCCUCUGGCCCUGUCCCUGUUCCUCUUCUGGAUCCUCUCUCACCGAAAUCCGACCCUGGUAAUCUACUACGAUUUCCUCCCAAUAUCCUACCUCUGUGUCCUCUUAGGGCUGUUCCUCCUUCCACUCCGCCGAUUCAGCUCCAGCGGACGGACGCGCUUCCUUACUACCCUCCAACGAGUCUCUAUUGGGGGUCUCGCCCAAGCUCAUGACGGGAAAUUUGGCGAUAUUCUGUUGGCAGAUGUAUUAACAUCUUACGCCAAAAUCAUAGCAGAUCUUUUCGUCUCACUAUGCAUGUUUUUCCGUCCAGACGGUUCCGCAACGAGAAGACCAGAUAGAGGAUGUGGAGGCCAAUAUCUGGUUCCUAUCAUUAUAGCGAUCCCUUCAUUGAUCCGGUUGCGACAGUGCUUGAUCGAAUACGUCCGAGUACGAGCUUUAAAUGCUAGGAAUGGAGGCACAAUAGGACAUCACGGAUGGGGAGGCCAACAUCUUGCCAACGCCCUGAAAUACGCAUCCGCUUUCCCAGUCAUCCUCUUCUCUGCUCUCCAACGAAACCUAUCCAUGAACCACGCCAACAUAGGCCUCACAGAAGUAUCCCUCUACCGCUGCUGGGUCAUAGCCGUAUUCGUCAACUCUUUCUACUCCUUCUACUGGGACGUAGCCAAAGACUGGGACCUAACCCUCUUCUCCUCCCUCUGGUCUCGCAUCCAUCCCUCCUCAAGAACAGCCUACACGCCCCUAAACUCCCACUCCUCCUCCUCUUCAACCUCCGCUUCCCAUCCCCAAACCAACCAACCCUUCGGUCUCCGUCCGCGUCUCUACCUCGUCUCUUCCACCGUCUACUACACAGUCAUCACCCUCGACCUCCUGCUCCGCUGCACGUGGUCCCUCAAGCUGUCCCCGCACCUAGACCACUUCGCCGAUUUCGAGUCCGGCAUCUUCCUCAUGGAGUUUCUGGAAGUGGGGCGCAGGUGGAUAUGGAUCUUCUUCCGCGUGGAGACGGAAUGGGUGCGGAAUACGGGGUCGGGCGGUGGGAGUGGUAGUGGGGGUCUGCUGGGAAUGGGGAUGGGGAUCGAGGAUGGGGUUUUGUUGGGGGAUAUGUAUGGGAAGGAUGAUGAGGAUGAUUGAUGGAAGGGAUCCUGAUGAACAUUUAUGUGAGUCGGGUAUUUGAUGGUUGUGACUUGGAAAAGCACCUACAAAUAAAUGAUGGUGGGGGAGUGAAGAUGUCGAUUCGUGAGGAUGGUGUACGAUAUGGAUGUUCUUCAGAUGUGGAGCAUUGAGAAUAGUAGGUGGAAGAUUCUCGAAAUCAUCCCAAACAGAGGGGAAAUCGUUGUAGAACAAGGUGUUGGCAUGGAAGGCGUUGAUCUAUAUACCACCUAGAAAGUUGAAUUGUAUUAAAUCGCAAAUCUGGACAAUUGAAAUCGAUAGACCCCGGGACAUUUCAAAAUAGAAUGACAAACUUGUCAAGAAAAGGGUAACAAGGGUAC